UCAUAUAUAUAUAAAUUAUUUCUCAAGAUUUUCACUUUUCUCCUUCCUACCUUCUUUGGCUUUUGGCCCUUCACAUGCACACACACCUAUUAGUGCCCUUUUCACGACACAUCUUGUGUCUGUGUAUACAUUUUCCUUUUUUUGAUUUUUCCUUUUAUUACAUCUUAGAGGUAAGGUAUCUAUCUAUCUAUUAUCUAAUUUAAUCAUUGUGCACACAUGCAAAUUCCUCUCGCCAACCAUCAAAAAGUGAUACUUUAGUGUUCUUCUGUUCGUAAUCAUCUGCGAGAGCUUCUCUGUUUCUUCAAUGGGCUAUUAAGUUCCUCUGUUUUUGAAAAAAAAAAAAAAAAACACAAUGGAAUCGGAGAAGAAGCCCACCACGGUAUUGAGCGCCAUUACAAGACCAUCGUGGGCGUUUCUUCUCCUUGUUUUCACCGUCUUAGCCAUUCUCUCUCUCCAAAUCUCUUCCAAUUCUUUCUUACCUCUCUGGAUCCCGACUUCUCAAUAUGACCCGGUUUCCUGCUCCGAUUUUUUUAACCACGACCCGUCUCCCAACCGGGUCGUCAUGUCGAUCACCGAUUUCGGCGGCGUCGGAGACGGGAAGACGUCGAACACGGCUGUUUUCCGCCGCGCUGUAGGGCACCUUGCAGGUUUUGCGGCGGAGGGUGGUGUCCAGCUUAAUGUCCCAAAGGGCACGUGGCUCUCUGGAAGCUUCAACCUUACUAACAAUUUCACGCUCUUUCUCGAACGCGGCGCUGUGAUUUUGGGAUCCAAGGACAUAGACGAAUGGCCAAUAAUAGAGCCAUUGCCUUCUUAUGGAAGAGGGAGAGAGAGACCUGGUGGUAGACACAUUAGCCUCAUUCAUGGAGACAAUCUCACUAAUGUUGUCAUUACAGGAGAAAAUGGAACAAUAGAUGGACAGGGGAAAAUGUGGUGGGAGUUAUGGUGGAACAGAACAUUGGUGCAUACAAGAGGCCAUCUUAUUGAACUCAAGAACUCUCAUAACAUACUCAUCUCUAACCUCACUUUGCUCAAUUCUCCUUUCUGGACAGUCCAUCCUAUUUAUUGCAGUAAUGUUGUUAUUAGAAAUAUGACCAUCCUUGCUCCGAUGAAUGCUCCUAACACCGAUGGUAUAGAUCCAGACUCAAGCACCAAUGUCUGCAUUGAGGACUGUUACAUCGAAAGCGGUGAUGACCUUGUAGCUGUAAAGAGCGGUUGGGACCAGUAUGGAAUGGCUGUGGCACGUCCAAGUUCAAACAUUGUAAUCCGAAGGAUCUCUGGUACUACUCGCACUUGUUCAGGAGUUGGAAUAGGAAGUGAGAUGUCUGGUGGGAUAUUUAACAUAACCGUUGAAGAUAUACACGUUUGGGAUUCCGCGGCUGGGCUCCGUAUUAAAACAGAUAAAGGAAGAGGCGGGUACAUUUCGAAUAUCACCUUUAAUAAUGUGUUAUUGGAUAAAGUGAAAGUUCCAAUCAGAUUCAGCAGUGGCUCAAACGAUCACUCGGACGACAAAUGGGAUCCAAAAGCUCUUCCUCGAGUGAAAGGGAUUUAUAUUAGCAAUGUUGUGAGUCUAAAUUCAAGAAAGGCCCCAAUGUUGCUAGGUGUUGAAGGCACGUCGUUUCAAGACAUAUGUUUGAGAAAUGUUACGCUUCUCGGGUUACCGCAGACCGAGAAAUGGAAAUGCAAGGAUGUUUCAGGCUACGCGAGUGGCGUAUUUCCUCUGUCAUGUCCACAGUUGUUGCAGAAGAAAGGUUCAAUACCUCAGUGUGUUCAUAGAUGAGUUUUUGAGAUUUAUUGAGAAUUUCCAUGUGAUGAUGAUAGAAGUGGCCAUGAGUUUGAGCAAUGUUUUUUUGGGGGCGAAGAUUCAUGGUCACUUUGAAAAAUGUCAUCUUGGUUUUUCUUUUUAACACAAAUUUUUUGGUUCUUGUUUGUGAAUCUUGAUUCUUUUUAUACAUACACAUUGUGUAACGAAAUAUACUUUGAAUUAUUCCAUAAAGAUUUUUUGCUUA